CUCACAAGACACAAUUCAAUCCACUCUACUAUCACCACCACAACAACAUACCGCACCCGACGCAUCAACAUGACCUCCAACCCCAACCCCGGCAACUUCGCCAACCGCCCCGCCGACGAAGUUGAAGACAUCGCCCGCAAAGGCGGCCAAUCCAGCCACGCGGGCGGAUUCGCCAGCAUGGACGAAGACAAGCAGCGCAACAUCGCCUCCAUGGGCGGUCAGGCCUCCAGUGGCAGCUUCCAGCCCGGCGAGGAACGGGCCCGGGAAGCAGGCCACAAGGGCGGCAUGUCCUCGGGGGGUAGCUUUGAACCUGGGGAUCCCCGGGCGCGCGAGGCUGGUCGGAAGGGGGGAUUGAGCGGUGGGGAGGUGCCGGAGGAGUGAAUCAAAAUGAGUAAUGAUAUAUGAAAUUGAUGUGUAUGUUUGAUGAGAGGUGGGUAUGGCAAUUUGCAUCAAGUUUGAC